AUGGAUAGCUCACGAAAUCUUACUGAUCACUUACCAUUGCGUGCAAAAUCACCCAUACGCUCACCGGUUUCCUUAUUAUCUUUCGUCACCACUGAUGCGGUAUCCAGAGACAAUUCAAGACAUACUGAUAAGUCCAGUCCUCCGCACUUGGAUGUUGCAUCUUUCCUGCGAACAUGCUCACCGUUCAGAAUUGCGACGUAUAGUUUGCGCACUCUGAUGCGCACAGGUCAACGAGGUGGACCAGAAAGGACCUUGAAGAAGGCCUGCAGUACUUCGUCAGAUUCAGUAGGUGUUGAAACUGAUUUUGGAGCUGGAAUCCCGUUGUAUGCAAGAUGCUUUUACAGAAUCAAAAGUAUGUGGCAAGAAAGCACCUUCCGUUUCAAACGAGUGGACUGGAAUACAACGGGUAAUACCUACAAUCUCAGUGACUGUCGGAAAAGCGUAGAAUAUAUUCCAACCUGUGGCAUGGACGAAGCCAGUGUACUCAUGGCAUUUCAUUUGCAUUCUUCGUUCAAAUACAAUUCCUUUUUAUUACUAGUGAAGUAA